UGGAGCCGUCUGCAACUUGAAAAACCGGAAGUCCAAUCGCAAAGACCCAAGGAAGAAGAAGCAGCUGAAAACAGAAGAGAAGUGAUGGCUAUUGCGACGAGCUGCCUCUCAACACUGAGUUGCGUAUCUCCUAGUUGCAGUUGGUCGAAUUGGAGACGAAAGCACUCUUCUUUAUCCCUAGUAAGCUCGUCGUCUCCGUCCUCCGCGUUGUCGUUCGAGUCUCGUCAGCAUCGGAGGAGUCACGUGGUGUGUAUGGCGCCGGAUGAGGAGAAGCUCACCCGCCGCAACCCUCUCGAUUUCCCGAUUGAGUGGGAGAGACCGAAGCCGGGGCGGAGGCCUGACAUUUUUCCGCAGUUCAGUCCUAUGAAGACGCCUCUGCCGCCUCCUAUGCCGUAUGACCCGCCGGAAGAAGACGAAGACGAGGAGGAGAAGAAGGAGGAAGAAGAAGAGGAGCAAGAGCAGGAGGAGGAAUCUCCUGAGAAGAUCGACCCAGAUAAGAACAAUAUUUAAUCUGUGCGUCUCUGCAUUCAAUUUAUGGUCUUUCUGUUUGUAGUGUUGCUGUAGGUUUAAGUUAAGUGCUUUCCCACCCCACUGUAUGAGUUGAACGGAUUAUGCUUAAUCUUUAUCGAGUUGUUUGAUAUCGAA